CUGGUGAAUUCCGACACAGGGUCAUAAACCCCCUGCUGCUUGAUGCUUACUUCCUGUUUGUGUGCUUAUCGGGGCCAAAUCAAUAAAGUUUUUGGGUUUGUUUUUUUUGUUUACUUCUCAAACUGGUCCUUCUCAUGUCUUCUCCAUCUUCUGUCUGUGUGGUGUUAUUGAAGGAGGAGCUAUUAUCUACUCUGGAACCCAUUGGUCGAGCAAGGUCCUCCUCCCUCCCCUUUAUAAACUGCCUUUCGUACCUGAGUUUGAAAAAGCCUCAUUUUCUCCCAGCUCCAAGUCUUCUCUGUCCACGUGGAGAUUUCCCUCACUGGAACGUAAUAGUGCACCUUCAAGGAACCUUUCAGUCUGUGGGUCAAAAAUAUAGAAAGAAUAGUUUUGCCUCCGAAGUCAGACACCUGCCUCUCUUACCUGGAUAUUGCCGCUGACCACAAUGCCAGGAGCCGUGGAUCGAAUGGAGCUAAGCAAAGUCUCCACCGAGGCUGACUACGACAGCACAGACAGCCUGGAGGAUCGCUUUGCUAACCCCAUCGACUCGGAGAAGGCCACUAUUAACAGUCAAUUUAUGGAUGAGAACGAUGAUGCAGAGAGCCAAAAGUUCCUGUCAAAUGGCAUGAUGAAGAAGAAGAAAUAUGAAGAGUACCACGAAGAAUAUCAUCCUGGUCAUACAUCCUUUGGGAUGUCUGUGUUCAACUUGAGCAACGCCAUCAUGGGCAGCGGCAUCCUGGGUCUGUCUUUUGCCAUGGCCAACACUGGAAUCAUCCUCUUUUCAAUCCUCCUGGUUGGAGUUGCCAUCCUCUCAUUGUACUCUGUGCAUCUGCUGCUAAUGACAGCUAAGGAAGGAGGGUCCCUCAUCUAUGAAAAACUGGGAGAGAGAGCGUUUGGUUGGCCUGGCAAGAUGGCCGCAUUUAUAUCCAUAACCAUGCAAAAUAUCGGAGCCAUGUCCAGCUAUCUAUUUAUCGUGAAGUACGAGCUGCCUGAAGUGAUCAGGGCCUUCUUGGGUGUGGAGGAAUCCUCUGGUGAAUGGUACAUGAACGGGAACUACCUGGUGGUGUUUGUGUCUGUUGGAAUCAUUCUGCCGUUGUCCCUGCUAAAAAAUCUGGGUUAUUUGGGCUACACCAGCGGCUUCUCCCUCACCUGCAUGGUCUUCUUCCUGGGUGUGGUGAUCUACAAGAAAACCCAGAUUCCCUGCCCGCUUCCCCUCCUCAACCCACAUCCAUCCAACCUCAGCAUGAAUGCCUCAGACAUGCCGGGCUUGUACGCGCUCCACAACAAGUCUGCACAAAUGGAUUUCUAUAGAGCCGACGUGUCUCCAGCAUCACAGGGAAGCCAUGAUGCUCAACUGUCCAGCAGCGUCCACUACGAGCCUCACCCCGAUGACGAAGAGCAGUGCCGACCCAAAUACUUCAUCUUCAACUCACAGACUGCUUACACCGUGCCCAUCUUGGCCUUCGCUUUUGUAUGCCAUCCUGAGGUGCUGCCCAUCUACAGUGAGCUGAAAGAUCGCAGCAGGAAAAAGAUGCAGAAUGUCUCCAACUUGUCGAUUUUGGCUAUGCUGAUCAUGUAUAUGCUGUCAGCUCUGUUUGGAUACCUCACUUUCUAUGACAACGUUGAGGCAGAGCUGCUCCACACUUUCACCAAAGUGUAUAAAUUCGACAACUUGCUGCUGCUGGUGCGUUUGGCUGUCCUGACCGCCGUCACCUUGACCGUCCCCAUCGUGCUGUUUCCUAUCCGCUCCUCCAUCACCACUCUGCUCUUCAGCGGGCGAGAGUUCAGUUGGACUCGCCACUUCCUGAUCGCCGCCGCCAUCUUGGCUUUCAACAACCUGCUGGUCAUCUUUGUUCCCACCAUUCGGGACAUCUUCGGCUUCAUCGGUUCCUCUGCAGCUACCAUGCUCAUCUUCAUCCUCCCUGCUGCCUUCUAUAUCCGCCUGGUGAAGACCCUCCCCAUGCGCUCUCCUCAAAAGAUCGGGGCGGCCGUCUUCCUAGUGGUGGGAAUCAUCUUCAUGAUCGGCAGCUUGUCACUCAUUGUCCUAGACUGGAUCCACAACCCGCCGGGCUCCAGCGGUGGUCACUAAGAGGGCCACCCUUCAUGCCCCUCUCGCUCUGCCACCCCUGGGCCAACAUCUGGGGAACAGGAGGUUCCUCCUCAGAAUGACAUUGACCGUUGACACCGGAACAAUUGCUGCUGCAUCUUUUGAAGACUGGAGGGACUCUAUUUAUCUUUUACUGUUACUGUAACGUGCUGAAAGUGACACGACGUGAGAAGGCCCCGUCACAUGAAGACAACCUGAAAUAAUCGUCACGGUUUGGUCACCAGCCUGGACGAAACAAACCCCCUGAUGCUUUGAAUGGCUGGAGAAGAGCGAUUCAGCCCGGGGCACUUAAGUCAGUCUUUGGAGCCUGUGCACUUGAAGAGGAGUCUUCCGUCAAACAAGGAGCACUUCCCGCAUCACAGUUCACUUUAGCCAACACACAUGCACAUACACACUUACAGCCCUUAAAUCAACUCUCAUCUUGAUCUAGUCAAAUAGAAAGUCUGUAAGCUACCAAAAACAAAAACAAAACAAAAACAAGACACUUCCCCACCAGACAAGAGCUGCUUUCAUCAGAGCUGUGAAGUAUUACUGUCACACAACUCGCAAGGAAUGAAUGUAAAUAUUCACACAUCUACUGAUAUUGUACAUAAAAUCUCAUUUUUGCUUUUGUCAUGAUUAUUUUUCAAACAUGUCACAUGACACAAAACACUUGCUGGAAGAUGUAGUGAGGCACUUGAUGCACACGUAGCUAGUGUGCAGCUUUAUAUUUUUGUAUAGAUUCAGAAAAAUGUGAGAUUUUCCAGAGACUAACUUUGUAGUGACUUUGACUAGUGCCAUAUGUUCUCAAAUAUUUACAUAAAAACAGUAUAUUUAAGAUCAGAACUUGCUGUGAUUGAAGUUGCAAAAGCUGGUUAGCUUAGCGUAGCCUGUCUGGCUCUGCACCCACAAGGCACACCAUAUUUAAACCUGAAAACAGGGCUAAUAUAUAUGUUUGAUUUUAUUUGGUAUUAGGAGUCUAAGAAAUGUGUCAUCCCAAAUACGCUGACAACACGUUGAGCCAAUUGUGCUAGUAAAAAGCUUUAGUUGCAGGUUUUAUUAUUACCUUACUGGUAUUUACUAAACAUGUGAGUUAAUCGAGGGCUAGCUAGUGAAGCUAAACGUGAUUAUAAUCACUGUCAUAGUUUUGUCACAGAAUCAUUCAUUUUUGCUCUUUUUAGAGACUUUCUCACAGUACAUACUGGAAAAGUCCUGGGUAGGUUGACAAAAGGAGAACAUAUAUCUUGUCUCAAGUUGAGCUAAGCUAAUCGUUGUUCAGCAAUAGAUGUAUUUGAUUUAAAGGCCCCUUUUGUUUAAGGGUCGAGGUCUUUAGCGAAGGGAAGGUGAUUCUUAUUCUAUGGCUUUUAAUUCGACAUUGUGUCCAAACCAACCAAGCCUUUAUAGAAAUGACUUGGCUCUCUGUCUGAUUCAGGCGAAAAGCAAAUACAGAAUAUCCUGGAGAGAGAGGGAGAGACACCAAUCUGGCAACACAGGAAGAUGUUUUAGUAUUUUUUUAAAGACAUGAUCUUCCCUAUUGACUUGACUUUUUCGUCAAAGCGCAAAAAAAGCCUUCAAAAUAGAAGCUCUUAAAAUGUGCCUUUUGGGUUCGUAGAUGAAUUAGCUGCCUUUGUGCCACCUCUUCUCUGAGUCCGUGUCAUCCAGCCAAAGUGGACAACAUUUAUAGAUCCUUUGUAGAUCUACUAACAAAAAAAAAAAAAAAAAAAAAACGGUAAAUAUUUCAAAUGAAAUAGUCUUUAUGUGCACGUUGUGAAAUGACAAAAACAGUCUUUUUGGACAAUUGUAUAUGCUGUGUAAAUAUUAUUUUAUGGUACACUUGAGUGGGAUUUUUGCGGAGGGGAUGUGCUUUACUCUGACGAUCCAAGGUGUUUGUUUAGUACAUAAUAUAAAUAUAUAUCAUUUAUUAGUUCUUUUUGCUGCAUUACAGUUGUUAUUUACCUCCUUUUCUUGGAAAUGUGGUGCUUGUCGAUCCAUUUUCAUGUUUUAAUGUGAAACUGACAAACUUUUUGCCUGGUCUUGCUCACGCUGACUUCAAAGUUACAUUCAGACUCAUACAACUAGCAACAGGGUAAUGUGGCUUUUAUACUGUUUUACUCCCGAUGCAAAUGGACAACCCCCACCACAGCCACUGUUGCAUUCAUGGUAAAGAAAACAGAUAUCUCCAAUUUUAUUUGCAUCACGAACACAGUUACAACCGGAUGUUGUGUAGGUGUGAGUCACUAAUCUGAUUAUGAGACGUGUAAUGAAUGGUGAAUAUUUAAACAGGGUCAACAUUGGAUUAUUAAUCCUUGUCGUUGUUAUUACUAAUCACUCAAUACUAACUUGAAAAUGUAACAAAAUGAAUUUGUUCCAGUCAAACGAAACUGCUUCCUCUUACGUUGCGUUUUCAAUACUGUCAGGUAUUAAAGUAUCUCAUGUACAGAAAAACAUCAAGUAAUUCAUGGAUUGUAAAUAAUAGCUGACUUUAAUUAUUUUCAAGGUAAAUACUGAUGUUCACAUCAUUCGACUAUCAAGGGCAGUUGUUUCUGUACAUCAAUACUUCUCCUCUUCUGUGUCUGGAAUGGUUCAAGUCAGAAUGUUUUUUGGCAUGUACAUCUACUUUGGUUAUUUUUUUUUUUAGCAAAACAUGUGAUUCCAUGAGAAAACCAAAGUAAGAUUUGGAAUGUUGUCUUUUAGCUUAUCGGCUGACGACAUACGUAGAAACUCUAGUCAUGGCCACUAUACAGUAAGUACACAGACUGUGGUCCUAACAGUUAAUCUGCCUCGUGGGUCAAGUCAAAUGAAGGGGAUAGAGUUUUGCCUUUUGAGUCAUGCGUGAUUUUUUUUUCCAUGUUAAAAUUUGCAGAAUUUGAAUUUUGAUUAUGUGUCAAUCAGAGCGAAAUGGAAACACAGUUGUAAAAAAACAAGGAUAAUAACGCGAUACUUGAAGCAAUAAAUGGACUUUAGGAUGUCUGCUCGCUUUCUGGUCGUUCACUAAUAGGAAUGUGUUCAUGCUGCGGCUGUAAAUUUCAGUUUGUGAUGUGAGGUUGCGACUUCUGGAGGCUUGUUUGUGAUUUUGAGUUUCUUACCUGUGUAAGAUAACGCCUCUCAGGUCUGCCUGCUUUCGUUUCACGUUGCUUCUCCUUUCUGCAUCCAAGACAUGCUGUACAGUGGUAUGCUAUACUGUUGUGUCUGAAUCCACUCGACAAAUGACAAUGCUGAACACAAAAACUGCCUUAAACCGGCUCCAUGUUUGUGCCGUUCACAGUGUCACUGCUGCAUGUGGACCAGACUGAACUUUGUAAUUCAUACUUAGUGAACCAAGUUGUUUGUUUUUUGUAUUGGUAAUGCUGUUUCAUUACAAUAAACAAUGAAAAUGCGA